UCGCCCCGGCCCCGCCCACAAGGCAAAGCUCUGUCAGGCUCUGAAAGUGCAGCCUGUCAAACGGCAGCAGAGCACCGCGGAGGGAGCAUUGCUAGGUAAGUGUCCAAAGUUCCAGAGAAUCAGAGAGGACUUCCCUGCUUCGCUAGACAAACUACGGCAGCUGAUAAAAGACAAAGUUCACGACCUACAAUCCCCAUUCACUGAGGAACAACAGGGUUUGGUGUGUGAGGAGAACACAGGGAGACUAGGACUGUGGAGGUUUGCCGUUUUGAGUAAGAAGCUGACCUUUCACCUCCAGCAGCUGCAGAGACAGACAGAGCAGGAGCUCAGCAACAUACACACACAACUCUUGCAGAUUGAAGGCCGCCGGCAGCUGUGGACCACCGAGCUUUUUCAUCUUCAGGAGAAGAAGAAACAGACGGAGCGUGAGCUGCAGAGAAACUCCAGCCUUCAGACGUCCGCCUUUCAGCUGUGCGUUUGUCGGGAGCUUCAGACCUCCGUCUCCGAGCGUUUGCUCCAAUCCGAGAGGUUGGUGUUCCAAGAGGAGGCACUGAGCGCGCUCCGUAACCUGCUGAGCCAAGACCUGCUGAGGUACAAGGAAGAGACGCAGAGACUGACCUGUUUCACGCAGAAAAUACUCCAACAGUCCCACAGGUCAGACCCAGAGGAAACGUUGAGCAGCAGACAGAGUGACAGCAGCAUGCAGGGAAAGAACGAGCCGGAGCAAGAAAACAACAUGCGUGCACCCAAGUACCCUUCCUACAAAUCACCACUUAGUCCUCACCAGACCACCAAUGAAGAAGAAGCAGAGCAGGCCUGGAGAGCCAGUUAUAGGGAAAUAGCUGCAGUGCCCCGCAAUUCAAACCUGCACCGAGCCGGCAGCGUCAAAAACCUGAUCAGUAAAUUCUCUGGUCCAGAUCACGUCUCUUCUUCCGGUUCGCAACAGAGCCUCUCUUCUGGAACAGGACAAGUUCCAAAGGUUGCUUCUUCAGAGGCUCUCAAGUCUCAAAAGUCUAAGUCGAGUCCGUGCAUACCGAGCAGCGUCGGACAAGACCAGAAUCCAGUUCCUAGUAUCACUGUGACUUCUCCGUUGGGAUCCAGUCAGAACGUGCCUCCAUCGGCUCAGAGAAGCAUCAGAACUAGUCAGAUCUCUGCCAGGAUCGAUUGUCCCAUAGGAGGCAGUUUUGAGAAGACUAUUUCAAAACCAAGGGCAAAAACACAAACAAUAGACUCUGGUAGAGACUCAGUGGCUGACUCCUGCAUGGGAUCGGAGUCCGAAUUUGAUUCGAACAAGCAGUCCGACAGCCCGUCAGAGGAGGAGCCCAGCACACCCCGAGCUGUGCCGACCAGCCAGAACCCCAAAUAUCAGCUGUACCUCAGCAACGAGCAGAGGACCAACGGGUUGAGUGGCAGGGACGCAGAUGGUCCAGGAGGAGGCGGCGGGACGGUGGGGGAGAAUGGCCCACGGCUGUCCCCAUGGGAGACCAACCGGCUGGGGAUGAACUACAAUAAAGGGUCCCUGGAGUCCCUGACCUCGCGGGAGUGGGACACUACGCCUGACCGGUGGGGUGUAGUUGACAGCCCCCCCAGGGUGUUCAACAGUCCGUACGCCACGGCCACCUCCAUGGAUUACAACCCCUUGCUCCGAAUGUCUGAGUUCAAGGUUGGACUGUCUCCUGCCACCUCGGAGAUGAACCUGUACAGCUACAACAGUCGCAGCACCAGUCCAGUGGGCAUGGCCACAUCCGCCCUCAUCAACCCCCGCCCCCGAUUCUCCGCCUACGACACUCUGGUGAAGAGGAGGGCCGAGGUUAACAACACAGUGGCGCCGACCCACUACAGCAUGCGCUCUGCCACUCUGGGGGCGCCUAAUAAAAAAGACUACAUAGAGGAGUUGACCAAACAGCUGGACGCCUGCCAAAAGCGUAACCAGUUCCUGGAGGCAGAGAGUGUGGAGAUGGAGAAGGAGAGGAACCAAAUAAGGUUUGAGAUGCGCGGCUUGCUGGUGAACAACGAGGACCUGCUGAGGACCAACACUCAGCUGACCAACGAGAUGAAAAGGAUGAGAGAGCAGAUGAUAGAGAUGGACAGAGAGAGCCAAUCAAUGGGCGAGAGAUACCGAGAGAUGGAGAUUGAGGUGAAGCAGGCCCGGGAAAUGAUGGUGGAGGCCAACACCCAGGAGUACGCCUUCAAUUAUCUUCAGCAGUCCCUCAAAAACAAGAUCCAGGACACUGAGGAGAACCUAGAGAAGCAGACGCAGCACGCCAAGACGCUGUCUGAGAAGUUGUGGCUGGCAGAGAGACAGCUGGAGGAGAUGGAGAUGGAAAGAGAGACCAGAGAAAAGAGGUCGUCUGAUCUCAACAGCUCCAUCCUCAGACUGGAGACAGAGCUGGCGGAGGCUCUGCAGAUCUCCACGCAGGCUACAGCCGAGCUGAGCCUGCAGCAGAAGCUGCGGGACGACGGGCAGCAGCGGGUGGAGGAGCUGGAGGAGUCUCUGCUGGAGAAGGAGCAGGAGCUGCAGAGACUGCAGCUGCUCGUCAGCAGACUGCAGGGAGAGGUCUCUGGAAAGCUGAUUGAUAAGGAGCAGACGCUGGAGGAGGAGAUCCAGCUGAGAGAGAGGAUCCAGCUGCAGUGUAAGCAGGCGGAGAGGAUGGUGGAGGACCUCCGCAUGGAGCUGCACAGCACCAACCAGGCCAAAGACGACCUGGCCAAGCAAGUCAAACAGGCUCAGGAGAAGAUGAUCGACCUGGAGAGUGAUCUGGAGGAGCUGCAUGAGAGCGAGCAGCGAUGGGCCGCGAAACACAAGAGAAGUAUCGAACAGACCGAGCAGCUGCAGCUGAAGCUGAUUCAGGAGAAAGAUCUCAACGACCAGCUGGAAACUGAUAAGGCCGCCAUGGAGAGACAGCUGCGUGAUCUGCGUCUGGAGGUGGAGGAGCUCCACAGCUCCAAGGUGCAGGAGGACGUCGUCUCCCGGGCGGAGAGCAGGGUCAAAGAGCUGGAGAACGCUCUGAGGACAGAGGAGAGGAACAAGUCCGUUCUGACCAACACCAUCAGUAAACUGGAGAGGAGGAUCAACGAGCUGAGCGAUCAGAUGGAAGAGGAACACCGGAUAGCUACAGAGCAGAAAGACCUGAUGACCCAGCGGAUGCGCUCUUUGAAGCGCCAGCUGAACGAGGCGGAGGAGGAGACGAGCAGGAGGGAGGCGCAGUACCGCCACACCCAGAGAGAGCUGGCCGAGGAGAGGGAGACCAACAGCCGGCUGCAGAAGCAGCUGCUCGACCAGCACCUGCAGACAAAGCGUAAGGAGACGCUGACGAUCCGUCAGACUCUGGAUAACCUGAAAUUGGACCUGAGCAUCGACGACGAAGACGGCGAUCAUCCGCCGCAGCAACUAACAAACAACGUCACCAAAGUGUAAAACCUCCAGCUCCACCCAUUCUUUACACUGACGGGGCAGUUAGGGCGUGGUUACAUG